AUGAUCAAUUAACGUCGUCCACUUAAGUUUCUCAAUCUAAGCAUUGAUAGUUCUAAAUGUCGUACACAUUCCUCUAAAUUAUCUCAUACUCUAUAGUCAUCUUCAAGAAUAACUGAUGAAGAACGACUACUCUUUGAAAAUACAUAACUUCAAUUCUAAAUUCAUCAAUAGGAAAAAGAAUUUAAAAUGUAUAAAAUUAAAUAGAACUAAUGUCAAGUAAACAAACUCUACUUAUAUGAUAGCCUAUGAUAGGCUUAAAUGUUGAUUCUACUUAAUAAAAGUCAAACUUGAAAAAACUAUAACUCUACAUAAAAUAAUUAGAAUCGGAAUUGUUGCAAAAAUAUAAAAUUAUAGAAGAUAUGAAAAAAUAAAUGACUUUUACCAAGUUUCAAGAACUUAAAGUAAUUAUUUAUCUUUUAUUAUAGAUUGAAGCUCUUUCAUUCCAAUAAGAAUGUUCAAGACUCUAAAAAAAGAUUUCUAAACUAACUUCAUUUCUAAAUUUAAAGAACUAUGGAAUAGAUUUAUUUAAAAAUUAUGAAAAUUUGAAAAUAUAAAAUAAAAACCUUGAAAAUACUCAUUAAAUAUAACAAUCUCUCAUAGAUUAAUUGUAAAACCAAUUAUAAAUGUAUAAACAACAAAUUGAGUAAUUAAAAUUACAAAAUAAACAUUUGUAAAUGGAAAAUACUAGAGUUUUACAGCUUUUAAAUUAAAAUAUAACUCCAAAGCAAUCUAAAAAUUUUAAUAAUAAUUAAUGUUUACAAGAAGAUAUAGAAAUAGCCAAAUUACAAGUUAAAAUUAUCUAGCUAUAAAAUUAAAUGAUUAACUAUUAGAAUAAAAAAGAAAAGUAAAUACAAGAGUUAUUAUCAAUUAUUAUGGAUAAAGAGGAUUAAAUUUAAACAUAUUAAACAUAAAAAGCAGUAAUUAAAGAAGUAUCUUAACCUGAUCAAUAGAUACUGGAUACAAAAUAUUAAUAGUGUAUAUAACAUAUUAAAUCUGAAAAAUCCAUUUUAGAGGAUAUAUAUUUAGAUGUACCUCCUCAACUUAAUCUGAUGAAAUAAGUGAGUAUAAGAAAAAAAUAAAAUGUAUAGGACACAUAAAAAUCUCAAUAUUUCGAAUUGGGUAAUAUAAUUGAUAUUGAGGUAUAUUCGAAAGAUAUUGAUUUUAAUGAUUUGAUUUAAAAUGAAUAUAAAACUUAGAGAUUACCUAAAGUUAAUUACUUAGAAGUUGAAUUAAUUGGAAAGAAACUUAAAUGCUAAUUACAAAUGAAAAUGAUUCCACUUAGUUAUAUGGAUUAGAUAUUUGAUUAUGGUGAUGAUGGAUCCUAAGAAAUCACUGUUGAAGAAUUAAUCCUAAUACUUAGUGCAGAACCUUUUAUGAUGGUUGAAGAAAAAGAAAGAAUUCUUGUGGCUAGAUAUCUUAUAGAAGAUAAUACAGAAGAUUACAUAUUGUUUAAUUAAUUGAAUUCAAACUCUGUAUCUAUUAUAAAAAGCGUUUUAAAAUAACUCUUGGGGAAAUAUCAAUUAUUUUCAAAAUAGGAAAAAUAAAAUCUUGAGUAACAACUCAAAAGUAUAUUUUUAAAAGCUCAUUAUAAACUUAUUGAUUCUAUUCAAUAGUAAAAUAUUAAAAACAAUAACUAAAAAAUAGAUUAAUGUAGUUUAACUGAUUUUGAAAGGAUCCUUAAAUCAUGUGAGAUUGCCUUAUAACCAAGAUAAAUAGAAUAUAUUUAUUUCAUAAAUUUUUCUCUAUGCAAAUAAAUAGAAAAUAUACGUUAUUGUGAUUUGAUUGAAUAUUUUUGUAAUGUUUAAUUUUAAUGA